CCCCCCUUGUUGAGGCAUGUGUCCCUCCGCUAGCACGCGCGCGAGGGUUCAUGAGGUGACCGUCGCUCCUCUUAGCUGUAGUGGAAAGGCUUUUAUUUUGGGGAUUUAUGACGCAAUUUAUGUUCUUGUUUGGCCGUGAGUGAACUACCCGUUUGUGUGCGCGAUCAGCGAGUGCCUGCGGGACAGCCCCGACACGGAUUACGGACGAGACUGCGGCGCGAGCGGCCAAGCCCCCCACCGACCCCGCCGCUACGUUUUUGACAGCCAAAGGGACUCCUCGGUUCGGCGCCGCCAACAGCGCGGCUUCUGGUCCGGGGUCGACGGAUCACCGCUUCUACUCGCAGCGUUAUUAUGAAGGAUGAGAAGCCCGAGGUGCAACUGAACGGCCUGGCCAAAGAGGAAGAGCGCGCUGCCGUGGCUCCCGUCAACGGAGACCAGCCCGGAAGCAUCCAGACCACCGCUGCCAGCCUGGACGUCGGCGGAAAGCCCGAGGCCGGAACCAAGGUCUCCGGGGGUCCCCCCGUGGGCAACGUCCUCCAGCGCCCGGGCCCCAGCACCUGUCCCUCCGUGCUGGCAUCCCCGCCCAUGUUUGGAGCUGCGCCCGUCAACGGCCAGGGGGCCAAGGGGCUGAGGGGGGGCCCGCCGCCCCUGGCCCUCGCUCCGCAGGGACUCGCCCCCCAGGGCAUGAACCCGCAGGGCAUGACCUCUCAGGGACUGGCUGGACCGGCACCCGCCCAGUACCGCACGGCGGCCUUCCUGUCCCGCUACUCGACCACGCUGCCGCCCCAGGCGACGGGGCCCUACCACGCGGGCUACGGGCAGCCCCAAACGACGUACCAGCAGCAGGGCGGCGGGGCCCGGGUGGCGGCCAACUCUCCACCGGCGUCGAGCAUCAACUCCGGGGGCUCUGCGAGCAGCUCUUCGGGAGGGGAGCAGCUGAGCAAGACCAACCUGUACAUCAAGGGCCUGACCCACACCACCACCGACAAGGACCUCCUCAACCUGUGCGCCCCUUAUGGAAACAUCAUCUCUACGAAAGCAAUAUUAGACAAGGACACAAACAAGUGUAAAGGCUAUGGAUUUGUGGACUUUGAAUCUCCGUUGGCCGCCGAGAAAGCUGUCAAGGCGCUCCAGGCUCAGGGGGUCCAGGCACAGAUGGCCAAGCAACAGGAGCAGGACCCGACGAACCUGUACAUCGCCAACCUGCCGCUGUACAUGGUGGAGCAGGACCUGGAGCAGAUGCUGUCGAACCACGGCAACGUCAUCUCCACUCGCAUCCUACGAGACAACAACUCCCAGUCCAGGGGCGUCGGCUUUGCACGGAUGGAGUCUAAAGAGAAAUGUGAACACAUCAUUGCUACAUUCAACACCAAGGUCCUGCCCGGGUCCAAGGAGCCCCUGCUGGUGAAGUUUGCAGACGGAGGGAACAAGAAGCGCACGCUCUACAAGAACCACGACCACCGGAUGUGGCGCGACGGGGAGGGCAUUCCCCUGACGUACGACCAGAGUGCAAUUUCUCAGAAUGGGUGGUGCAGGGUGGCCCAGCAGCUGCUGCCGGCCCUGGGUAGCUACCAGCGGACAUACUCGACGGCCCCCGUGUCGACGUAUGCGCUGCCCGGGGCCACCACAUGGGUCCACCCCACCCAGUACAUCAUGCAAGCCCCGCACAUGACGGCCGCUGCCCAGAUGAUUCCCUCGUCCCUGGACCCCAUGACGCACGCCUACAGCCCAAUCCUGCCUCAGCUGACCGCGCAGAUGUCCCAGCUACAGCUGCCGGGGGCCUCGUACAUGGCCGGCAGCCACCACUACGGCAACCCGGCCACGGCAGCCACCAUCUACCAGCAGGCACCCCAGCUGAUGCAACAGAUCCCACUUUCGGAGUUGCAGGACCCCUCCAACGGCGGCAUGGGGGUUGGAAGCGGGGGCCCCAACGGGGACGACCAGCCCCAGCACCCAUAUCAAGCCUACCCCCAGGCUAAGUGAUGCGGCGGACAAUUGCCAGAUCUGAUUUUGUUGCAGGCUUCCCCGGUCGAGUCCCUCUCCGAGAGAGCGGGCUGCCGCCUCGGCUGCGGGGACCGGGGGCCGCGCGAGGGUGACCCUAACGUAAACCCCUCGGACCGACCGCCCACAACCACUCGCACGAGCGCACGCCCCGUUUUUAAUUGCCGCGGUUUUUAAGGAAGACGACGCUUGAGUCGAGAAUCAAAAGUGGCGCCGCCACUGUCUGCGUCGGGAGAUUUUUAUUUUGUUUCGUUCUUUUAAUCGUAUUGCGGGCGGCGCCUUUGGUUUUGUCCCGCCGGUCUUUGCUCCAUCCGAGGUCGGCCCUCAUUUGGGCGUUUCGAGACUAUUGGCCGCUGCGUGUGGUUAAUGGAGCCGGCACGCGCCCUUUCUCCUCCUGGUUGGUGGCUCCAGGGCUUUGUUUCUUUGGCCCGGAGCUGCGUCUGACGAGCUUCCGCAGGGAGCGCCAGGGCCCCCCCCUUUGGAGCCGUCUCGGGACGCUGCCUCUUUUCGUCUCGGAGGGCUCCCGCUUGCGGCUCGCGUCUUUUCUGUCCCCGCAGGGUCUUUUAGUAGUUGUCCCGGAACCGAGAGAAACUUUUGAAAAGAAAGUUGUAAAAAAAAAAAGUGAGCAAGCAACGGAAAGGGAGGGAAGCUUUGUGAUGCGUAGGUGGUAGUUGACUAGAGGUAGCUUUCUAGGAGUUAGUUUUUUCUAAAGGCGACGCGGACGUGUACAUAGCCCGGGGCGGCCGGGGGACUGCUCACGGGGCGCCCGGGCGUGGGCCCGGCAAGUAUUUGUACAUAAGAGUUUUUCAUACUGCAACGCUCCCUACACGUGGUCGACGAGGCAGCCAGACUCCCGCGUUUUUAGAAGAAACGGGCGCGGCCGUUGACGGCUCUCCGCGUUGGUGCUUUGUCCUGCCCCUGCGCCCUUUUCCCCGCAUCUCUCGUUCUGAUUUCGGAGGCUUGUUUCUGCCAUUCCAUUUUGUCGUAGCCGCAGCAGGCGCCGUCUUUUGUCUCGCGCCGCCUGGUGGGAAGGCAGUGUCAACCAAAGAAGACCCCGCAGAAGAAAGACGGAUAUUUUUGUAACUUUUUAUAUACGGCCUUUCCCCCUCUGUUCCCGGCAGCACACCUGGUUUAGGACACGUCCCGACUUGCGUUUGGCACGGAGGUGCAGUCCUGGUCGGCCGGAGCACGUUGCCUCCCGUUGGCACGCUCCGGAGCAGAGAAGGACCCUGCUGCCUUACAGUUGUGCCAAAAUACCCCCUCAGUUCCCCAAGUAGCGCGCAUUUUGGAAGCUGGUCUCUGAAGGUGCUACACGUCACCACCACCACCUGUGCAAAGUGACAGUAUACAACGAAGUGCCUGCUCUAAAGCUGUUGUUGAGUAGAUUGCGGCACCUGGAUCACUGCAGGGCCCCUCCAACAGGCGCUCCCUUCGGGGCCCCCUAUUCCCGCCUUUUCCGGAGACUACAGGGGCACGGGGGCAGUGUGGGCCCGCUUCCUCGAAAGCGGCGGGGAGCAGUCUUCCUGGACGGCCCUUUGUUAUCUCGAGGCCCCAUUAGCCGGCCCCCGCAUCGCUGCCGGCCUGUUUUGCGGCUUUGUGGGUCCUCCCGUUUCGAGGCUCACCGAGCGAGACACACUUUAGACCUAGAGACGCUGGGACGAAAGGCCGAUGGAGGAGGAGGGGCUUACGGCUGUGUUGACAGCGCGUCUGACAAAGAUUUUAAGUUUUUGUGGUUUCCUUUUUGACGGACCAGUAGUUAUCCGAGUACCGACAGAGAGAGACAUUGGAGUUACCGUUGUUGCAGUGCCUUCCAAGUUAGUUGCAGAUCUACUUAGAAGCGUGGUGCCGGGCCUUUUCUGCCUCGGACCUCGUUUUGAUUUCCUUAAUUUUACAUUGCAGUGGUAGUUUUCAAGUCACAAAGUUACAAGUCGGCGUUGGGGGAACAUUUUCCAUGACUUUUUGAAACCAUUUUGAGAGAUGCAGCUAUUUGACUCAGCCACAUUCCCAGAAAUUGUCGCCCAAUCCGAAUGCAGCGCUUACUCUGAAUUUCUCCCGAUUCUCUCUCCUUGUUUCCGCACUCCUCCGAGGAAUCGUCGGACUGCCCGCUCCGACGGAACUGUUGACUUAUGCAACCAUUUGACAUUCCACACCUGGAGGACAGUCGCAGCAAAGUUGAGCGCCCCCAUUCGUGGACACGGCAAUGUUUGUCUUCCUCGGCCGAAAUUGACGCACGCGCGGUCGGCCCCGGCCGGGCGCUGCCGACGUACGGCCACACCUAACUUGGCCGGCGUCGCCCGCGCGCGUUUUCCUCUUCGUCGUUUGGCGCGUCGCAAUUUUUCGCGGACGACGCCGACCACCCUGGACAGUGCGUCGGCGCAAAAGAAACAAAAUGCGGACUGGUAGCUUUGAGGUAGUGCUGUGGCCGCGGCAGAAACGGCAGAUUGGGGCUCGUACGGUCGGUAGUCUAGAAGGCUCCGAGGCCGGACCGAACUGCCCCGGGGACGGACGCGGGGCCGCGCAGGUGCGGCCCCAGCGGCAGACGACGAGCGGACUCUGGGGGUCGCCACGACCCCGCUGUGGGCGCCACCCGUGGAGCGGCGAGAGUGUGUGUGUGUGUGCACCGAGAGCCGGCCCCGAAUGGCGCCCACCACUCCCGGGAACCUCCUGCCGUUCCCACGGACUCUGGGAGACUGCGGCAGGACUCUGUGAACUGGGGCGGAGCGAGGCAAAACUUUUGCGCCUUUCUGGCCUCGCUCCGUCUUUGAAUGCUCCCUUUUCUUUUUCGCGGGAAACGGUGGACAAAAGCCUCAGUUUAGUUCUUUGUGCCUCGAGUUGUUUUCGAUGCUUUCAUUUUGCGACCACAAUUUUUUUGUGUUCCUUCGCUUUGUCGUCGACAUGCAACCCCGUAACAGGGAGAGAGCCACGGCUGCAAAGGGCUCACAUUGCGGGUUUUUCCGUUUGUGCAUUCUCCGAGGGGAGGCGAGGCCCUUUUUUUUUUGUCGGCCACCCCACCGAGAGAGUGCAAGGGACAGAGUGCCAGCAAGAGUGGGGUGCGUCAAUGUUGAUGCGACAACGCUUGGAACCCAGGGUUUAUUUCACCUCUUUUUUUUUAAGUGAAAUAAAAUAAUUUUUUGACCUGG